UUUUUGCGAUCUAACGGAAUUAAACGAUUUAAAAAAAAAAAUUUUAUUAAAAGAUUUUUUAUUUCGUUUCGACGAUUCCACGUGUCGCGUGUGUUGGUUUUAACAAAGAAAGAAUUAUUUUUUAAAUGAAAAGUGUAGUAAAAUUAAUAUUAAUAUGAAAACAUCAACAAACAAUAGUUUUCGAUAAUGAAUGUUCUAUCCGACGGACGUGAAAAGUGUGAGAACAAAUUGCGGCCUCACAAUUUUAUCUUCUUUCGAGUUGGCAAUAAAACCAAGAAGAAUAUAUUUGAAUUAUCAAAAUGGGAAGAAAAUAUGUAAUAUUGAUCAAUCGUGUGUUACGAGCAAUGAACAUUCAGAAAAAAUUUUCUGAAAGAUCGAUCAUCAUCAAAUCAGUUUGGAUAUUUGUUCCAGGACAAAAGAUUUCUUAAAGUUAUUCGAAAAGAAAUAAUGACAGAGACAAAGGAAGAGGGUGAAGUAACCGAUCUGACCGAGGCGAUCCUAAGAGGGAUACAACUGUAUUAUACUCCGAUAUUAGUAUAUUUGGGUUCACUUGGAAACUGUCUAUCCGUAUGUGUGUUCUUCGGUACAAAAUUACGACGAUCCUCAUCAAGUAUAUAUUUAGGAGCAUUGGCUAUAAGCGACACUGGAUUUUUAAUAUCAGUUUUUGUGGUAUGGUUGAAUAUGGUGAAUAUUGGUAUUUUUAACGAGCAAGGAUUCUGUCAAUUCUUCAUCUACCUAACAACACUUUGUAGUUUUUUAAGUGUUUGGUUUGUGGUAGCCUUCACCGUCGAAAGAUUCGUCGCUGUUCAAUAUCCUUUUCAUCGUCAAUCCAUGUGUACAGUGGCUAGAGCAAAAACCGUAGUCAUCGGAUUGACAGUUCUCGGUAUUAUGACGUGUAGUCCAACUUUAUGGUUUUCGAGUCCUCGUUUAAAAAUAUCAAAUACAAAAAAUGUGACGGAAUGUCUUGUCGCUGAGGGUUGGGAGUCCUCAGCGACUAUUUUCAAUUCGAUCGACGCGAUACUAACUUUCGUUGUACCUUUUACCGUAAUCGUUGUAUUGAAUAUACUCAUCGCACGUGCUAUCUAUAGACUCGCCAAAGUAAGGAGAAUACUGACCACCGAAUCAAGGGCUUCGCAGGAUCAAAUGUCCUGUUCUCAAAGUCCUCGAAAUACUUUCGCUCAAAGUAAAAUUACUAAAAUGCUUCUCAUCGUAUCCACAGUUUUUCUCUGUCUCAAUCUGCCGGCCUACGCUAUCAGAGUACAUGCUUUUCUAUACCCGGACAACAAUCCACCGCGAUCGAUAGAGUUGGCGCAACAGGUGUGCAACUUGUUUUUCAACACCAAUUUUGGAAUAAAUUUCAUUCUUUAUUGUACCACCGGACAAAAUUUUCGCAGUGCAAUGAUUCGUAUGUUUUUACGGCGUUCCCACGGAAGAAAUGACGCUGCCGGACGCAUAUCAAAUCAUGGAAAUAUUGUUUCAGAAUUAGCUCGCAAUAAUACUUUAACGAGUCGUCAAAAAGCACCUAUAUUUACUAAAUCGUGGCAAAACAAUCACGAAUUGCAAAUAUUUUCUAAAGAAUUUAAAGAAGACAUGGAAAAGGAUAAGGAGUGAAAAAUAUAAUUAAGAAAAGAAAGAAGAAAAAUGUACGUACCAGUUUCGGGUUCUGUGGCUGGCAAUGGUCCCACGUUUCCAAAGAAUCUUUGAUCUAAUAGCUGAAGGAGUUGAAGAGCCUCGUCGUGAACCGGUGCACGAGGACAACCAGUAUUCAUUAAAGUUACGUUAAUGAUACUUGUAUAAUGAUCACAAGGAUAUUCCCUAUUAACACACGAUACGAUCUGCUUAAGCCUAAGCUUCCACAUAAUUUAUAACAAGGACUUCUAUCCUAAUAUAAUUACUAUUUAAACUUAUUUAUCGUUUGAAAAGUCUUCUAUACAUUUCUUGCAAAAGUAAUGAUUAAUAAAUAUUAUUCUAUUUAUAAAAUAUAUGUAUAUAUUGUAUUAUAUACUCAACUUUUUAGUAAUUAUAUAAAAAUCUAUAUUUCAUGAA